GUUACACCUCGUGACUUCCGUCCAUUAUGUAAACAGUGAAGAUGGCGGCCUCCUUCGUGCGCCGUGCCGUCCUCAGUCAGACCCUGAAAAGGUUCAGAACCUCAGGAGGAGACCUGAUCCGGAUCUCAGCUGGACACAGUUCUGUGACAUCGGAGUCUGUGGCGGGAAAACGCUCGGCCUGCUGGGUGAAAGUGAGCCGACAUGACCCCACUGGGAGAAACUUUCAGAACAAGCAGAGUGGAGGAGGAGGAGGAGGAGGAGUAGGAGUAGGAGGAGUAGGAGGAGUACUGUGGGCAGCCGUCGCUUUCUCUCUGUUCAGCAGUUCUGAUGAAGACCAACGAAAUGAAGCCCAGAGGAAAGAGGAUGAGAUGAUCCUGCUGCUGAAAAAGGCCAAGCUGAGUCUGUAUCGGGGUCAGCUGCAGGCUGCCUCUGGUUUCCUCCACCAGGCCGUCGCUCUGGCUCAUCAGACCCACAACAACCAGGCCAUCGUCUACACCUACAGUCUGAUGGCGAACCUGGCCUACGUCCAGGGUCACCUGGACCAAGCAGAGAAACUGUUCAAAGCAGCCAUGAGCUUCAUGCUGUCGGGAGGAACGCCACAGGACAACAACGCCGUCAUCGAGAUGUCUCUGAAACUCGCCACCAUCUACGCCGAACAGAACAAGGGGGACCUGGCUGAACACGGGUUCAGGUUCUGUACUGAGUCCCUUGAGGCCAAACUGGAGAAACAGAAGGACCUGCCAGCAGAGGAGCAGACAGAGGAGCAGCAGGCUCUGAGGAAGGAGACCCGGCUCCUCCUCGGUCUGUGUUUGGACUCGCGGGCUCGAUACCGGGCGUCAACACGGCACCUGAACCAGGCCGAACAGGACUACCAGAAGGCCCUGAACAUCUGCCGCCAGGAGCAGGGAGACACCCACCCACAGACUCUGGUGCUCAUGAGUGACCUGGCCACCAUCCUGGAUCUGCAGGGUCGCCAUGACGACGCCCUGGUGCUGGUCCAACAGGCCGUAGAUCUGAGCCGGUCCGCCGGACACCCGGACCAACACGUCCUGCUGGGAAACAUGGCCGGCAUCCUGCUGCACAAAGGCCAGCUGGAGGACUCGGUCCAGUUCUACCAGGAGGCCCUGAGUCUGGCCCGGCAGGCCAGAGACCAGGAGGCCGUGGACAAGAUCCAGGAGGGACUGAAGGAGGUUAAGAAGAAGAGGGAUAAGGAGAGGAAGGAGGAGGAGCAGGAGGCUGCGGAGGAGUGACCGGUGGUCUCAGUGUGUCCAUGGACAGACUGGACUGUCCUCAGGACCAUGACGUGAGUCCUUCAGUGUCUGUUCAGCCUUUUGAUCUACACAACUACUGACAGAGGUCCAGGAUUUCGCUGUGACCCCUGCGACCUCCCGUGUGCCUCCACUCUCGGACAGCGUGUCCUGCCGGUCUCCUGAAGUGUCCAGAUCUUCAGGUUGCCGUUAAAUGUUGUGAUCACUUAGCUUUUGCUCCCCAGAGGAUCAACCUUCCCUUAAAGACCUGGUUCGGGUGUUUGAUAAUUUAAUGUUUUUAUUGUGUUUGUGUGAAAAUGUGGCCGUUUCUCCUUCAGGUCAACGAACUGAACCUGCUCCAACAGUCUGAAUAAACCACUCUGAGACCACGAA